GUGGGGGAAGGCAAGGCCGGUGGCAGCCGGAGCGAAGGGAAGGGAAGGUUUGUUUCUUUUUUAAAAGAAAACACUGGUUACCUGGUAAGGACGGCCAGGCAAAAUGAGCUGGGCUAUAGAAGAAUGGAAAGAAGGCCUUUCUACAAGAGCCCUUCAGAAAAUUCAAGAGCUUGAAAGCCAGUUAGACAAGCUGAAGAAAGAGCGCCAGCAAAGACAGUUUCAGCUGGAGUCUCUGGAGGCGGCGCUGCAGAAGCAAAAGCAAAAGAUUGAAAAUGAAAAAACGGAGGCAGCCACGCUCAAGAGGGAGAACCAGGGUCUGAUGGAAAUGUGCGAUAACUUGGAGAAAACGAGGCAGAAGAUUUCUCAUGAUCUUCAGGUCAAGGAGUCACAAGUGAAUUUCCAAGAAGGACAGCUGAAUUCAAGUAAAAGACAAAUAGAAAAACUGGAAUUGGAGCUUAAAAGGUGCAAAUCUGAAUUUGAGAGAGGUCAGCAAACUUUAUUACCUGGAGAUAGCUCGGUGUCACUAAGCAGUACACCACAGAAGAGUUUUACUGCCCCUCUGACACCAAGCCAGUAUCAUAAUGAUGCUAAGUUUAAGGAACUUCAGGAAAAAUACAAUAAAGAAGUUGAAGAAAGAAAACGAUUAGAGGCAGAGGUGAAGGUGAUGCAGGUUCAGAAAAUGAAUCAGGCACUUCCCCAAAGCACUGUCAGUCAUCGAGAGAUUGCUCGGCAUCAAGCCUCUUCAUCAGUGUUCUGGCAACAAGAAAAGACCCCAAAUCGUUUUUCAGCCAAUACUCAAGAAACUCCCCUUAAGAGAGGUUUUUCUGCAUCCCAUUUCCCUUGGGAACAAGAGGCGACGCCAAACAAGCCAGAGAGGAAAGAGGCUAAUACCAGUGUCUGCGAUAAUUCUUGCAAUUCUCAACUGAUGGACCAGUUAAAAGCACAGAACCAAGAACUAAGGAGCAAGGUCAGUGAAUUGGAACGUCUUCUGCAAGGACAAGAAAAAGACAUGAAAGUCCAUAUGAAUAAACUGCAAGAGAUGCAAAUCCAAUUGGAAAAAACAAGACUGGAGCUCAUGGAAAAAGACAAAGCUUUGAACAAAAGCAGAGAUGAACUGACGAGAACAGCGGCCCAGCUCGACCAGGCCAUGGACAAGGGUACAACGCUGGAGCAAAAGAUGAAGAAAAUGACAGAAGAAUUGAGCUGCCAGCGGCAAAAUGCAGAAAGUGCCCGGUGUUCACUGGAACAGAAAAUCAAGGAAAAAGAAAAGGAGUAUCAAGAGGAGCUGUCUCGUCAGCAACGUUCACUGCAGGGGCUGGACCAGGAAUUGACUCAGAUAAAAGCCAAGUUAAGCCAAGAGUUGGAGCAAGCCAAAAAUGUUCACAACGCACUGCAGGCAGAAUUCGAUAAAAUGAUAUCAGUGAAAUUGCAACUUGAAAAAAGUUCUGAUGAACUUAAGCAGAAACUGUGUAGAACAGAACAGGCUCUUCAAGCAAGCCAAACACAGGAAAAUGACUUGAGGAGAAACUUUGAGGGAAUGAAACAGGAAAAAGACAUUCUCCGCAAUCAGACAGAUCAAAAAGAACGAGAAGUCCGCCAAUUGGAAGAAGAACUCAAGGAAACCAAAAAAUGUUUAAAACAGAGUCAGAAUUUUGCAGAAGAAAUGAAAGAUCAGAAUGUCUCUCGGGAAGCAAUGGUAAAGACACUUCAAGAAAAACUAGCUCAACAAGAAAAUUCUCUGACUCUGGAAAAAUUAAAGCUAGCAGUGGCUGAUCUGGAAAAGCAGAGAGAGUUUUCUCAGGAUCUGUUGAAAAAGAGGGAGCACCAUAUUGAGCAGUUAAACAAUAAGCUAAGCCGAGAAGAGAAAGAAUCUGAAACAAUAAUGAGCGCCUUGGGAUUGAAGGAGAAAGAGUGUGAAGAACUAAAGAGAGAGACAGUUUUGUUUUCUCAGUGGAAAACUGAAAAGGAGCAGCUUUUAAACCAACUUGGAGCUGAAAAAGAAAGAUUGCAAAGCACAAUUAAUAAUUUGGAAGUUUGUCUCCAAACUCAACAAUUGAAGAAUUGUGAAGACAGUGAGAGAGUCAAAAUAAUGGAGACUGAAAAAGAAAGCUUUAGUGUGGAGAUGAAACACCUCCAGAAGAAGAUGGAAGGCAAGAGUGCAGAGUUAGAAGCUCAGAAGCUAGCCUAUGCCGAACUCCAACAGAAAGCAGAGUGUUCUGAUCAAAAGUAUAAGAAGGAAAUAGAAAAUAUGUCUUGGAAAAUAGCUCAGUUAACUGGGCAAGUUGAGGAGCUAGAGCAAAAGCUGCAGUCUGUGUCAAAUGAAGCACUGGAAAAAGACCAACGCUACCAUGAACUGCAGGUUGACUAUGAGAAAAUCAGUAUGUUAGUGAAAUCCAAGGAUGAUUCUGCCCUGAUGACUGUUGAUGGCUGUAGGCCUCUUUUGGUCUUUGACCAGCAGUCUAUGAUGAAUAAUUCCACUGCAGAUGUAGUAAUUGGAGAAAAACAGAGUUUAUUCUCAGGGGCGACAGGUCAGAGUACAGAUCUCAGCUUAGGAGUGGGACAAUAUGAAAAGAACGCAGCCCUCCUACAAGACAAAGUGUCUUCACUUGAGAUUUCACUAGAGACUCAGAAGCAGUUGAAUACUGACCUUCAAACACAGUGUGAAGAGUUGGUGAAAAUAAAAGCUGAAAUAGAAGAAAACCUGAUUAAAGCAGAACAGAUGCAUCAAAGUUUUGUGACUGAAACUAAUCAACGUGUUAGUAAACUACAAGAAGACACUUCUGCUCAGCAGAAUGUUGUUAAUGAAGCACUAGUUGCCCUGGAAGACAAGGAGAAGCAGCUGCAAACCUUGAAUGAAAAGUUAGAAACUAGACAAGUGGAGAUUCAGGACUUAAAAACCAAUAAUAAGUUGCUUGAGGACUCUAUGAAGCAGCUACAUCUUGUGUCUGAAACUCUGAGCUCAGAUAAAAAGGAAAUGUCUGUUAUCCUCACUCUAAAGGAAGAGGAAAUUGAAGACCUGACUAAAGAGAAUGGAAACCUUAAGCAAUUGAAUGCAACUUUACAUCAGGAAAAGAUUAAUUUAGUCCAGGAAAAUCUUACAAUUUCUAACCGUGUAGUUGAAAGAGAGAAAAACAUUUCUGAAUUAUCCAAGAACUAUAAUGAGGAAAGACAAGCCUUGUGUCAGAGAUGUGAAGAAGCUGAAAAGGAUCUUGGGAUCAUUCAAGAAAAAUACAAAUCAUUAGAAGAAAGGAACAUCAAUCUAGAAUGCGUGGCAAAUGAGCACAGCAGUCAAUUGGAAAUUAGGAAAUAUGAGCUGGAACAGCUAGAGAGUGCACUGGCAGAGGAAAGAAAGGAGUACCAAUGCCUACUAGCAUCAUCCGAAGAAGAGAAUCGGAACUUGAUUCAAGAACUUGAGAGGGUGCAGGGUGUAUUUAAAGCUGAAAUAGAAGAAAUCCAAAAUGUCUCUCAAGUUGAGAUUAGCAGUUUAAGACACGAAGUUUCAGACUUCAAGGCCUUACAAAGUACAAUGCAGGAGAAACAUGAUGCUUUGCUCCGAGAGAAUGAAGCACUGAUGGAAGCAAACCAAACAAAGGAUGAAGAGCAAAGACGUGAGCUGACUAUUGUGGGGAAUUUAACAGCUGAACAAAUCAGAGAGUCAGUGGAAGAAAGGGAAAAGGAACUAAAUCAACUGCAGGUUCAACUUGAAGUUCUUCAACAGGAUCUUAAAGCUAGGGACAUUGCUGUUGACAGUUACAGCAUACAAGUAGGAGUGCUGGAAGCAGCUGUAAAAGCCCUGGAACACAGACUCAGAGAAAGUGAAUCAGAGAAAGAGGCAUUGCAGCAAGAAUUACAAUUAAUUAAGGAAGAAUUAAAAGCUUCAGAUUCCAAGUUCCAAGAGGUGCAGCUGAAAGACCAAUCUUUAGAUCUCAGUGCCUAUGAAGACUGUAAAAGAGAAAUGGAUGAGAAAUAUGCUUCCAUUCUCCAAGAGUUGUCAUCGAGCCAAAAUGAUAAUGUACAACUAUUGGCCUCUCUGCAGGAAACAAAGAGCAAACUCAGCAAGUUAGAGAAAAUGUGUGAAAUGUUGCAGUUUGAAAAGUUAGAAUUGACAUCUGCGCUGAAUGAUUCUAAGUCCGAGUGCGUCGUGGCCGAAGAGGUAGAGAAAAUGGUAGAUGAUGUGAAGAUGCUAAAUGAGGAAAAUACUGUCUGUCAGGAUGACUGCAUGGAGCAGAGUGGUAAGGAUGGCGUUGGUGAACCAUCCAGUGAGCCAAAGCCCGAAUCCUUGAAACUUCAAAGAAGUGAUGUGGAGGGCAGUGCUGGUGACUAUGAGAAUUUGAAGCUGUCCAACCAAAAAGUUCAAAUGCAUUUUGUUGAAUUACAGGACAAAUUUUCAACUUUACAAAGCGAGCACAAAAUUUUACAUGAUCAGCACUGUACAAUGAGCUCCAAAAUGUCCGAACUACAAUCCUAUAUCAACACUCUCAAGGCUGAGAAUUCCGUGUUGUCUGCAAAUCUGAAAAAUAUUCAAACUGACUUAGUGAGUCAGGUGUCUCCAACUAAAGAUGACUUUGGGUUAGGGGAGACCGAGCCUGUAUUUUCUACCCCUUCUGUAGAUGAAAUUUCCAGUCUUACAAGUUGUGUGGAGUCCUCUUUUUACAAAAAUCUGUUUGACCAGACAGGGGAAUCAUCUCUGCUGACCAGUUUAGAGGAAAAUUCUUUAGAAGACCAAGUAAGGGCUGACACUGAACUGGCUCACUGCAGUCCGGGGAUGGACAACAGAAGUAAGAAGGACAUCGAAACUGAUCUGGAAAUGAAGAUUAAAGAACUUGAGACAUUGUGUCAGGUACAUCAGCAGUCCAUGAAGAAGCUUGAGGAAAAACUUGAAAACCAAGAAAUAAUGAAAAAUGAUGAAAUACAAACACUUAAACAAUUAUUAUGUUCUGAAAGAAAAGAGCUAGAUUGCCUUAGGAAGCAAUGUUCGUCAGAAAAUGAACAGUGGCAACAGAAGCUGACUAGCCUAACCUUGGAGAUGGAGUCAAAGUUGGCAGCAGAAAAGAAACAGACAGAGCAUCUUUCCCUAGAGCUAGAAGUAGCAAGACUCCAAUUACAAGGUCUGGACUUAAGUUCACGGUCCUUGCUCUGCACCAGGAUUGAAGACACUACUCUGGCAGAAAAUGAAAGCAGUGGCUUGGGGGAUUCAGAGGAACACAUUUUAGGCCCCAAAGAAGAGAUCCAAAAAGAUGACGAUCUGCAGAUAAAAAUUCCCUGUGAUGUUAAGCAAGAAGGAAGUCCUAAAAAUGUGGUGGUAACCAUACUCACUGGAAUAGGCUCUGGAGAAGAGACAUCAGAAAUCAAAGGUGGAAGUUCGCCAGUCAGAAGCAGUGAACCUUCUGAACGUUAUUCUGAACUCUCAUUUUGUAGUCAGGAGACCUCUAUGGCUCCUAUGGAUUUCCUGGAGAAUCAAGUUAGCAUUCAAAACAUGCAGGAGAAACAUAUACCCAAUGAAAAUCUGAGCCUGCUUCAAGAUGUGGAAGAAAGUGAUAAAAAAGAAGACAAGUUGCUGAGUGAAAUGAAAGAGUUAGAUUCCAAAAUAGAUUUACAGAAGCAAGAAUUAACUGCAAAGAGUGGAUCCCACACAGAAUUGGAAAAAUUAGUACUGCUACUUGAAAGAGAGAAAUCUGGCUUGAAUGAGAAAGUGGAAUCUCUUUCUUGUGAGAAUCAGCAGUUAUCACAUAAAGUGGCAGUUCUGGAAAAACUAAAUUCAGAGUUAGAGAUUUGCAAAGUCAGAGUUGCAGAUGUUACGGCUAUUAAUGAUGACACAGCAGUAGCAGAAAGAGUCUGGAAAGAGAAGUUUCUUGAAAUAGAAAAUGAACUAAAGAGGGUGAAAUCAGAGAAGGCUAGUGUGGAGAAUCAUGCCCUGACAAUGGAAUCUGACUUUGAGGAGCUUCAAACACAAAGGCAGAAUUUAGAAAACGAUAACAAAAAUAAGCGGGAAACAAUUACCAAUCUUCAAGAACAACUUUCUGUGAUUACAUCAGAGCAGAGCCAGCUUACUGAAAAACUGAACACUUUGUCAGAAGAAAAAGCAAUAGUUGGUCAAACCUGUGAAAAACUGAAGGAAAAGAUAAAAGCGUUUGAGACCAGUGAAGAGGAGUCUGUCCGACAUAUUCGAAGGGUGGAGUCUGAAGUGAAGGAAAAAACAGUACUAGUUCAAGCUUUGUCAUCUGAUAUUAGCCAGUUAUCAAGAGAUAAAGAUUGUCUACAGUCACAGCUGCAGAACUUGGACAAGACCAUGCAGGCGUUCAUUCUGGAAAAAGAAGAGUUUCAAAAGCAAAUCAAGCAAUUAAAUGAAGAGAAAGAGUUGUUUCUUCAGGAAUUGGAAACUGUGCAGACCAAAUUGAGCUUGUCGGAAGGUGAAAUUGUAAAACUCUCCACAUCUCUGAAAGGCUCCCAAAUUGAGAAGGGUGAAAUUGCAGCAAGACUCAAUUCGACCCAAGAAGAGGUACAUCAGAUGCGAAAUGGCAUUGAGAAAUUGAAAAUGCACAUAGAGGCUGAUGAGAAGCAAAAACAGCACAUCACUGGAAAGCUGAAAGAAAGUGAGCGGAAAGCAGACUCUCUUCAAGACAAAGUUGAGGUGCUUGAAAGACAAUUGCAGAUGUCAGAAGAAAAUCAGGAAGCUAUGAUUCUUGAUGCAGAGACUGCCAAAAUGGAAGCAGAAACACUAAAAACAAAGAUAGAAGAGUUAACCAGAAGAUUGCAAGGCUUAGAGUUAGAAUUUGGUACCUUGAAAUUAGAGAAAGAAAAUGUGGAUGAAGAAAAAGAAACCAUAGCAAAACACCUCCAAGAAAAGCAAGACAGAGUGUCUGAAUUAGAAUCAUGCAACUCUUCAUUUGAAAAACUAUUGGAAGACAAAGAACAAGAAAUCGUACGGAUGAAAGAGGACUCUAAAAAUGCAAUUGAGUUGCUACAGGUGCAAUUGAAGGCUCUAAAGGACAAAAUAGAAGCUUUUCAUAGUGAGCACAAAGCAUAUAAAGUGACAGAACAGGAUCUGAUUAGUCAAGUGGAUGGCCUUGAACGUGACAAAGUUCAGUUGCUACAGCAACUUGAAGAAACUCAAAGUAAGACUGCUUCCUUGGACUUGUCACUGAAAGAUCUCAUUCAGGAACUGGAAAGCCAUAAGCAGAAGCUUGGUGAGAAGAUGGCAGAAAAUGAAGUGCUGCUUAUACAAGUUAAAGAUGCAGAACAGCUCUCCUUGAAAGUGUCCCAGAUAGAAAAUGAACGGGACCUCUGGGAGAAGGAAAGAGUGGAUCUCCAGAAUCGAACAGUGGAAUUAGAACACAAGAUCCAAGUGCUCUCCAAGAAUGAAACUCUGCGUGAUACCUUAGAAGCUCUUCAGAGUUCUUACAAAAAUCUUGAGAAUGUCCUUGAAUUAACAAAGGCAGAAAAAUUGGCCCUUCUUGAAAAGGUAAAUGCAAUGACUGAAAAUAGUGCCAUUCUCCAGAGGAAGAUGAGUGACACAAUACAAAAUAUGACGGUGCUACAAGAAGAAUUUACUGGAGAGAAAAAUGGGCUGAUUGAAAAAGUAGUGGUCAUGGAGAGACAAGCAGAAAUUAACAAAGUUCAAAUCGACAAAAUCACACUAGAAAACAGCAACCUGAAGAAGACUUUAGAUUGUGUCCAAAAGGAACUGAAGGAAAAAGAAGUAAAAAUGGCAGAAGAAAUCACUGAAUAUCAGAGCAGGCUAAAUGAAGCGGACAAGAAACACCAGGCUAUUCUUGUGGAUGCCAAUGAACAGCAUAAAAUAGAAAUCAAAGCCUAUCAAGAUAAACUGAAUUCCACAGACCAGUGUCUUAACUUGCAGAGAUUGGAAAUGAAUAUCUUAAAAACCAGUAAAGAGGAACUUACCAAUUCUCUGAAAACUACUAAUCAGGUAUUAGAAGAACUCCAGAAGACUAAGGUGGACAAUCUGAAAUAUGUAGCUCAAUUGAAGAAAGAAAAUGAUUCCAUACGGGGGAAGUUGCAAAUGUUGUUAAAAUCCUGUAAACAGCUGGAGAAGGAAAAGGGAGCAUUACAAAAAGAAAUGACUGAAUGGGAAGCACUGCAGAAGCAGAAACAAAGUCCUGCUGCCAGUGUUAGAAUGGAAGAACUGAUGUCUCAGCUUAAAGAUCUGAAAGAAGCUUUCGAAGAAAGAUCCAAGGAGGCUGAUGAAAACUUGGAUAAGUACUGCAGCCUGAUUGUUAAUUAUAACAAAUUAGAAGAGGCCAACGAGAUGUUGAAAACCCAGGUCUUCCUCCUGAAUUCCCAGCUGAGUCAGCCGGUGAAACGCACCCUUAGGAGUUCUCCUUCGCAGUGUGCAGCUGGUGCCACCAAGUCUCCGGUUCAGCUUGAUGGUGAGAAGACGACACCAAAGGGUGGAAAUAAACUUUCAGGCAAGAGGUCAAGGUCAUAUGGAGCCAAGGACAGCAUUGGAGGAUUGGAGCCUUGUACACCAGAGACUUCUUCUAAAAGACUGAAAAAGGGAAUGACUCCCUGUCUGAGGAGCAGUGACCACAGGGACUGUGAGCUGCCGGGGCUUCCAGAGGUAGUGCAGAAAGGAUUUGCUGACAUCCCUACAGGAAAAACUAGCCCGUAUGUCUUGCGGCGAAUGACGCUGCCCACGAGGACCAGCCCUCGCCUAGCAGCUCAGAAGUUAUCGCCGUCCACUCAGUGCUCCCAGAAAAGCCCGUCGGAAAAUCUUGUUGAGACUUCCAAACCAACAGCUGGGGGCAGCAGAUCACAAAAGGUAACAGAGGCUCAGGUGCACACAGCAGGGUUGCUGGCCACACAUGUGGGAUCUACCGGAAGGUCUCCCCUCUCUGUGAAUAACCUCUCCAAGAAGAUUUCUGCAGGCAGCCCCAGACCAACUCUCAAGGCCAAGAAGGGAAGACCAGCCACAAACCAACAACUGUCAUCUGAACCAAAUCAACAAGAUGAAAACUGUAGGGUACAGUAAGAACCUUAGAACAGGUUUGUCCAUAUUCUUACAGAAAGCUGGUCCAGAUGCAGGCCAUGUCUGCUGUAGCCCAGUAGUAUUUUCUUUUAAUGUAUAGAAGAACGGCUCUGUUCAUUUAUAAAACCAGUGGUUUAUUGUUUUGGUAUUUUGUAACAUUUGAAUCUGGGUGUGUGGCUGGAUAGGGUGGAAAUACUUGAAUGUUGCUCUUGAUCUGUUUUUGCUGUAAAUAGUCCAGUGUACUUUUUAAUAGGGGGGUGGAAAGUUGUAAAAUGAUCCAAGUAAAGGGUAAACUAAGCUCAAUAAUUCCAUUUUUGUAUAUAGUUUUUGAAUCUUCAAUUUUAGCAUUAGGAUUAAACUACUAAAGAAAAAAUAAGUUUUCACUUCUUGAUAGCUGAAAACCUGUCAGAAGUAUUACAGUUUUUCUUCAGCAAUUCAGUAAGCCUCCCCUCCAUUUAAGCAAAAGAAAAUUGUCUUUUCACAAUUAGUACGUAUGUUUUGCCUUUGGUAGAAUGAGGGGUUUAGAAGUAUGUAUAUAGAGCUGAACCACAAUAAAGGUUUAAAAAGCA